AUGACACAGACCACCUCAACUGCAGAAUAUGUCACAGAAUUCCGUAACCUCAUUGCAGAACUCAACUGGAACAAGGAAGCAUAUAUUGCCCAGUUCACAAGGGGCCUUCAUUGGAAGGUAAAGGAGCUCCUGUCAACCAAGGAUAACAUCCCUGAAGAACUCAAGGCCAUCUUUGCAGCAGCAACAAAAAUUGACAACACGUGCCGCAAAAAUGAAGAAAACCAACCAAAAAAGGCACCUGCCAAAAACUUGGCCACCUCCACAACUACCACCAGGGUCCGCCUAUCAGAAGACCCCAAUUAUGUCACACUGGAGGAAAGGGACUGUUGCCGCUCAUUGGGCCUUUGCAUUAAAUGCGGCCAGAAGGAGCAUGGGAUUAAGCAGUGCCCAAAUGGAUGGAAGGCCACCACCAAGGAAGCCACCAAGAUUGGCCAAGACAAGUUGGAAAAAGAAUGA